AUGAAAAACUGGGUAUCAGCUUCUGCUCGAACACCGGACCGAACAGCGUAUCUAUUGCACCGGGACUGGCUUCAAUCAAAAGGCAACUCUAGGAGAACCGCCAUGAGGAGGAAGAAACUGGAAGCAAUAAGUGAAGUGGACGUCAAAAACCACAAAUACAACGUCUUGCACGUCAAGAACAAAACCCCCACUGCCACCCCCGCUACAGUGGGCACGGACGACUUUGACAAGAAACAUGGUCACGAUCAGCUUUUCGAUAGGGUUCCUGUCGUGAGACUCGAGAGGAACAAAACCAACGACUUUGGCAAUGUUUCAUCGGACACCGAUCAGCAAAACGUUUGGACGGCGAGUGAUGGGUCACGGGCGAAGUCGCCCGUGAAGCACGGCAAACGCGGUGCUUCAAGUGCCAGGAGGAAUUCGUUUGCCAAAUGUAUGGAUUUAAUCGCCUCAAGUCACUCAACUCAGGUCAAUGAGGCAAGAGUAGCGUUGUUUGAAAAAACAUAUAAAUUCUUGGAUACGGAGACAUUGAAGUUACGAAAGAAAAGUAUUGAUGGAUCUUCUCUACCACCUUGCGAGUCAGAGCUCGCAAUUUUUAAGAGCAUGCUAUAUUGCUCAAAUUUGGUCAAAUGCACACUUGAAGAUUCCAACUUCUGA